AGGAGUUUUUUCAUCAGAAACCAAGCACAAUUUGCAAGAGAACUGCUACCACACUAUUACAAGCAUAAUAACAUGGCUAGUUUUGUGAGACAGCUGAACAUGUAUGGUUUCCACAAGAAAGUGUCAGUAGAACUUGGAGGUUUAAAAUGCGAUAGAGAUGAAAUGGAGUUUGCUCACCAAUAUUUCUGUAAAGACCAUGCAUAUUUACUAGAACAUAUAAAGAGAAAGAUUGCUUCAAACAAAACACAAGAUCCAUCUCAAGCACCUAUAAAACCAGAAUUAAUGAAUAAAAUGUUGACUGAAGUAAGGAGUAUGAGGGGAAGACAAGAACAUUUUGACUCCAGACUUGGUGCCAUGAAGAGAGAAAAUGAAGCACUUUGGAGAGAACUUGCUCUUUUGAGGCAGAAGCACCACAAACAACAACAAAUUGUUAACAAACUGAUUCACUUCCUUGUGUCACUAGUAAGACCAAACAGAAACAGUGGUUUAUCAAUGAAGAGGAGAUAUCCACUUAUGAUUGAUGAUCCUAGCAGACAGCGAAUGAAACAAAGUAAAAUGUCCAAUAAGUCUCCAUCAGGACCAGCCAUUCAUGAAUUAGACUCUUCAGAUCCAGAUAUAGAUUCUGACUACAUUGUUGCAGAAAUGUUAGAUAGUGAUCAAGCACCAACCAUUGAAAGUCCUGAACAUCAAAGUGCAGCUGAAGAUAAUGCUAGUGAUUACUAUAUUGAUGAACCAGUACAGAUACUAAAUGAAUUUGAACAGGUAGAUCAAGCAAACAUUUCAAAGAAACGUCAUAAGGGAAAGAAGAAGGGGAGGAAAAAUAAAGUGCCCAUUAAAAUUGUGAUACCAUCUACAGAAAACGGAGAAGAAACAAGGGAAGAGACCCUGAUGUUAGAAGUGCCCAUCAAUAAAGUACUGACAAGGCCCAGCUCACAACAGCAACAGCAGCAGCCACAACAAGCUGCGCUGGCAACAUGCAGGUCAACGUCCAUUGCCUCAGAAAUUGGAAAGUUAAUGCCAGCAAAGCCUGUACCUCCGGCAACAGUCAGGAGCUCCAAGCUCGCAGCCAUGGCCGCAAAUAUAAAGAAAAGUCAGCAACAGCAACAGCAACAGCAACAGCCGCAGCCGCAGCCGCAGCCGCAGUCACCGGCAGACGACAGUCUGGAUCUCGACAUAGAAGAGUUCUCGGGACAAGAGUCCAGCUCGAGAACAAGAGCGCAUCGGCAGCAGCAAGUAGUCAAGAGUAAUCCAGAGAAACGAGAGAACUUCAUGAUCGUACCGGACGUGAACGAGGACUACCACGAGGAGGCGAGUUGUCAAAGCACGGGGCUGCCGACGAGCACCUGCAGUAGCAACUGCAGUGAUAGUCCGCUGAACAAUAUCGGUAGCCCCGGUGAGACCAUCGCUGACGUGGGGACGGACAGCUUCAGAAAUGUCGACUUCAUGCCCGAGGUCAAUGGCAUGCAAAGCGACGCCUCGGACAAGAUGACACAACAGCAGCAGCAGCAGCAGCAGCAGCAACAGCAGCAGCAGCAGCAGCAGCAGCAGCAGCAGGACAGUGCCAGUAACAUGUCGUUGCGUUGCGUCAAUCAAGGCCCUGUACCUGAAACGAACUACAGGUUAGGAAUGAUGGACGAAGUCGACACGCAUCUCGACUCAAUGCAAUCCGAGCUCGAGAACUUGCGCGAUAUUUUACGCAGUGAAGGAUACAGUAUCGAUGCUAAUACUCUUUUAGGGCUUUUUGGCGACGAAGACCCAAUGUCUUUUGGCAUACCACUAAAUCCUGACUUGGACCCUCAUUCAACUCAAGAAAGAGACCAUGACGAUGAUCACAUGAAUGUUGAACUAAGCGACCCUACCAAUAAAGGCGAAUUGAUAACAUAUAACCAAGCACCAAGCUUUCUCGAUUUUGACGACGACAUGCUUUUGGGAGCUUCAUCGGCAUCCCCUGCAUCAAUUAAUACAGACGCACCUACCACCGGCAUGGGCAAUGACCCUCUCGAGCUUGCCGAUAACAAAGGAAACAUUUUUGACUCGCUCAUUGCUGCAAAUAAUAUGAAUCAAUCGCAAACGUGAAUGGAUGGCCAAAAAAAGGCCAUUACAGUCUUUUUUAAGCUUGUGUCCCGAUAUGCUGACUCUCACUAUGCUUACUCGUAUCUGGCGAUUGUCUCUCGACUAUGUUCGGUUUUCUACGAUAACACAAUGGCAUAGAGAGACUGAUUAACAGCAGCAUUACUUUAGUUUAACGACAAAAAUAUACCUACAAUGAGUGAAUCUCAGUAGUUGUUACAGCGAUUGCUGAUUCUUGUUUUUUGAUCAAUUGUUUAACUUAAUCUUAUAAUUAGUCUGAAUUAGAAUUUGGUUAACGUAACAUCGAUACAAAAUUUUUAUUUUUUAUUUACGUCCGAUUAUUUUGAAAACAGUAUUAUUAUUUAAUUGACUAAGCACGAUUGGCAAGACUAACAUUCUAAUUACACAAUACAAUUUAAUUAGUAAACUACUUACAUGUAGCACAACAUUACAACGGAUAUUUUUAUUACUAGUUAAUGCAUUAAUACUUUUCUUCGUUAUAGAAUUAAUUUCUAGAAACUGUAUAAAAUUGUUAAGAGUAUUCUCGAGUAUAUCUCAAUAGAAUUUUUUUCGACGUACGGAUACUCUGGAGACUGAUUUUGUAUUAAAAAAAAACUUUUGUUGAAAAAUGUACAUAAAAUAAAAAUAUUAAUGAACUGUACUUCGUGUCUACGAGAGAUGCUUGAUGUAUCUUUGACAAGAUUUUAAUGAAUUUAUUAUUGAUUUAAUAAAAAAGCUUCACAAUUAAUUAAGGCUUAAUUACUUGCAACGAGAUUAUUACUCGUCUCGGUGGAUAAAAUGUUAAAUAAUUUUUCAUAAUUUCAUUCCCGAAUGGAAUUUAUGACUGCUAUCAUAUUAUUAAAUAUGAGAAUGAACAUGUUUUAAUAUUUUUGUAAUUCAUGGCGAAAAAUUAGGCAAUUAAACUUUGUUAAUGAUAUAAUGAAUUUCUAGUAUGUAAUAUCUUUUAUCAUGGUAUUAUCAUGAUGUGAUAAAACAAUUCGAUUAAAGUCAUUAAGAAAUAAACGAUGUUUUUUAUAUAAAGUGUUUCUGCAAUAAUACCCUUGUCCUAAAAAUAAGCCAUUUCGCCUAUGAUAACCAAUUGGUUUUUAUCUGCAAAAAUUUUUUUAAUAUUUCUUACCGAGUAAAGAGUAUGUAUGUGAUAAAAGCCUUUAUUUUUUUUUAACAAGUGAUUAAAUAUUGAAUAUGUGUGCAUUUAUUCACUUUAUAUAACGUCUUUUUAAAUUUAAGCAUAAUUAUGUUCUAUUUUGAGUCGAUUUAUAUCAAUACUUUUGCUGUAAAUGUUUUCUUGUUAUCUAAAACGUGACGUGAAAUACAUAUGUUAGUUC